GAUUAUCAAUCGGGUAAAAGAGCUCCGUGGAGCUGUAGCCUACCGAUGGCACAUUCAGUGAUACAUAACCAUAGUUUCGACGUCCUUUCCAAGCUGUACUGUGACGGAACCAUCUCGUCAACUUCAUUAUUUCGCGGACUAUUAGACUGCAUCUCAAAAUGGCCGACUUUGCACAACUUCCAAAGGGAGCAACACUCAACGUGAAGCCCUUUAACGUCAACAUUGAAGAGCAAAGGAUUCAAGAUCUCAAGCAAUUGCUCAAGCUAUCUCCUAUUGCUGCUGCCAACUUCGAAAACUCCAGCAAUGGACGCCGUUAUGGUAUCGAGCGAGAGUGGCUCAUCACGGCCAAAGAUUACUGGUUGAACGGAUUCGACUGGAGACAUACCGAGUCACACAUCAACUCCUUUCCCAACUUCACGGCUAGCGUCAAGGACCAGAGCGGGCACGAGUUGGACAUUCACUUCAUCGCUCUGUUCUCGCAGAAGGCCGAUGCCAUCCCACUCGCCUUCUUCCACGGAUGGCCGGGAUCAAUCCUCGAAUUCCUCCCGAUCCUCGACAUCCUCAAGAAGAAAUACACCCCGCAAGACCUCCCAUACCACAUUAUCGUACCCAGCCUACCGGGCUACGCAUUCUCCGGCAACCCGCCGCUCGACCGUGAUUACGACGUCCAGGAGGCAUCGAAUGCUCUCGACCGCCUCCUUGUCGGCCUCGGAUUCGAGUCCGGUUACCUCGCCCAGGGAGGUGAUCUCGGCUCCUUCGUUUCCAGACAUUUAGCGGCGACCGCGACGUCAUGCAAGGGCAUGCAUCUCAACUUCAGCCCCAUGCGACCUCCGGACAACAUGCACGAGCUGGCCAUGAGCAAAACCGAGCAGGAGGCUCUCCCUCGUUCGCAGUGGUUCCGCGAGGUCGGCAUGGCGUAUGCCCUCGAACAUGGCACUCGCACCUCGACGAUUGGAUUCGCUCUGGGCGCAAGCCCAUUGGCACUGCUGAGCUGGAUCGGCGAGAAAUUCCUCGACUGGAGUGACGAGGAUCCAUCGCUCGACACGAUUCUCUCGAGCGUGAGCCUGUACUGGCUCACCGAGACAUUCCCGCGAUGCAUCUACCCCUACCGUGGAAACUCCGGCGACAGCGAUUCGCCCAAGAUCGCCAAGAUCAGCGGAGCGGGCGGCCGCGAGCAACCUUUCAUCGAGAAACCUUCGGGCUACUCCUUCUUCCCCAAAGAGCUGAUGCCCAUGCCGUGCAGCUGGGUGGGAACCAACUGCAACCUCGUCCAUCAAAGCGUGCACCAGAGUGGUGGUCAUUUCGCGGCUCUGGAGAAACCAAGUGAACUUUUGGCCGAUGUGGAGGAAUAUGUGAAGAAGGCAUGGAAGCCACAAGGUGGAAAGUUGUGAUCAUUACACAUACCAGGAUUCUCAGGCAGCGUGUGUAAUGGCACC